ACUUCGAACUUUCAUUUCUCUCCCAUCAACUCAAACUCACAUGCACUUCAAUAAAGAUCUUAGUGAACUUCAUAAACUGUUCUUUUUACAACACAACUUUAUUGGACUUCAGAUCUGAAUCUACUUCAUUUCGCGCAAUUAUAAGAUAUGGGUUGUGCUGGAUCCUCGCAGAUGAAAGGAAACGUAAAAAAGAUUAGAAAACCAAAACCAUGGAAGCAUCCUCAGCUUAUAACAAAGAGUCAACUCAUACAGCUACGAGAAGAGUUUUGGGACACUGCUCCUCACUAUGGUGGUCGGAUAGAAAUUUGGGAUGCACUUCGUGCAGCAGCUGAAGCUGAUCCAAGUCUUGCACAAACAAUUGUGAACGAUGCUAGGAUCACAGUCCAGAAUACAGAUUUAACAGUUUGUUACGAUGAAAGAGGUACAAGAUAUGAAUUGCCGAAGUAUGUUUUGAGUGAGCCAAAGAACUUGAUUCAAGAUAGUUGAAAUCACAUGAUUGUUACUCCAUGUAUUUUGCCCAAUUUGAAGCAAAAUUGUGUAUAUCAUUCCCUUGAUAUAUUUUAGUCGAUUGUCAUGUUAGAAACAAUACACCAAAGAGAAAUGUUUAUGUUGUUCUUA